GUGUGUUUGCAGCUUCCUAAAGUCGAGCGACUGGUGGGAGAAAAACUGUCCGGAGGCCGACCGCAAGAAGAUACUAGCACAUUUUCACGCGCCAGAUAUUCUUAGCAGCGAGACUUGCGCCAAGCUCAAUGGCUACUGCGGUUCUUCAAGCUCUUUUUCGGGAGAUGGAGAUGGGAGCAAUCUUGACAGUCUCAGCGUGUGGUUCAAAAUCCUCACCAAGAGAGUUCUGGAGAAGGAAGAAAUGCAAGAAUCAGAAAAUGGAAAGGACUACAAGUGGUAUGAGAUGAGCUUUUUCACGCGGUGGAACAGCGCAAAAACCAGCAGGGUCUUAUGCAUCGGCGCAUCACUACAAAUGAGCGCUACGCUUGAGACCAUGGUCAAGGAAUCUCCGCCGCCGACUUUCGAGUCGCAAGACCCCCUUGCGAUGCUUAAACCUCUGUUCGACGAGAUCAUCAAAUUAUGUGACGAAAACACAUGGGCGGUGACAAAGAAGGUUCGGGCCGUUGAACUUAACAGGAAAAAAAGAUGCGAGUUCGAUACACUGCGCAAUUUAGCACGGCACACAGGACACAUAAUAGAAGUCGAACAGGUAGCCAUCGAGACGAUGGAGCAGCUUCUCUCUCUGCAGGAGAGCAACUUCAAGUGCCUUAACAAGCUCACAAAGACAUACACGGUGCAAGCGAUGGAAUACCUAGCGUUUCAGUUGCAGGCGAUGAAGAGCCUGAGAUGGCGUGCGCAGUCCACGCAUGACCGGCUAGAAGAGGAGAUCAAUCUGGCCUACAAUAUGCUUGCGAGUUCGGAUAACGCAGUCAUGAAAUCGAUUACCCUUCUCACAAUGAUAUUCUUACCAGCGACUUUCAUAUCAGCACUCUUCAGCACCACUUUCUUCUCAUUUGAAGAGAACGGGUGGCAGUUUUCGCCCAUGUUCUGGAUCUACUGGGUCGUUGUGAUUCCUUUGACUAUCACUGUAGUUCUGGGCUGGUGGUGGUGGAUUGGCGGAUCAUAUGAGGUUGUCCGGGACCGGUGGCUGCACGCUAGGGAUCCUAAAGGUCCUCUGUAGUGAUAGUCUAUCAGUGGCAACGAUCUCUUUAACUAGAUAUCAGAGAAAAUCGCGUGAUUCCGGUCGCGCUGGCCCACUAUCAAUAUUCUGCGAAUCCUCUCUGUCUCUCUUCC